AUGUCCUACCAUCAACGCGACUUCCCUGGCUAUGGCAAGGAUAUUCCUCAUGCACGUUGGCCAAAUAAAGCACGUGUAUGCAUCUCGUUCGUGCUGAAUUACGAAGAAGGUGGCGAGAACUGCGUACUGGAGGGUGACCCACGCGCAGAAGUGUACCUGACUGAAUUUGGCGCGACAAAUGGGGCAGGACCCGAGGGGAUGCGCAACCUAUCUAUCGAGUCGUGCUUUGAGUAUGGAUCGCAUCGUGGCUUCUGGCGCAUCUUAGGCUUAUUCCAAGAAUUUGGCUUCAAAUUCACAUCCUGGGCCGUGGGCCGCGCCGUAGAACACAAUCCCCAGGUCGUGGACGCCAUGGAGGAGGCUGGCUGCGAAGUUGCGAGCCAUUCAUACCGGUGGAUUGACUAUGCCCGCAUGCCGGAGCAAGAAGAGCGCCAGCAUGUUCAGAAGACGAUUGAGGCCAUCCAGACGGCAAGCCGCCGCGGCACAGUGCCUCUCGGCUGGUACACAGGUCGCCAAUCCUUGCAGACGCGUCGUAUCGUCUAUGAGGAAUACAAGUCACGGGGAAUGCACAUGCAGCUAUACGACAGCGAUGCAUAUGAUGAAGAUGUGCCUUACUAUGUGCCUGCGCCCGACGGCACGCCUAACGAGCACCUCCUGGUCGUGCCUUACACUCUCGAUGUCAAUGACAUGAAGUUCUGCAAUACUCCUGGCUUUUUUAACAGUGACUCAUUCUACCAGUACAUGGUCGAUGCUUUUGAGACUUUGGUGAUCGAGGGUGCUACGUCUCCACGCAUGAUGACAGUGGGUCUUCACUGCCGCGUGGUGGGCCGACCAGCUCGCGCCAUGGCAUUGCGUCGCUUUUUGGUCUAUUUGAAACGCCGCCAAGCCGAGCUCGAGGCCGAAGGCAGUGGCGUUUGGGUAGCCACACGUCAGGAAAUUGCCAAGCAUUGGCGCCAGACACACCCGCCUGUUCAACCAUAA